AACGUUCUCCAUCCAACUUUCGGAGUUGUUUGUGAGAUUCUUUCGUGGGUCGUGCUUGUUCUCCGUGUCGUGCGGCCGUGAAAGUCAUCGUCUGGAAUUCUUGGCUACAACCGGUUUGUGAAACGGUGAACCACUUUUUCACAGUGCAUUUGCCAUUGAGUUUAAGUUGAGCAAAAUCAUUCAUACGUUGACUUUCAUAAGAAUCGCGAGGUGAAUUCAUCAUGUCGGCUGGAAAAAUUCUCGUUUAUGGAGGCCGGGGCGCCCUCGGAGCCGCUUGCGUAUCACAUUUCAAAGCCAAUAAUUGGUGGGUAGGAAGCAUUGAUUUAGUGGCAAACGAGCAGGCUGACGUGAGUUUCGUGGUGGGCCGCGACGGUACUUGGGUAGAUCAGGAAACUGAAGUCCUAUCGAAAGUUGGAGAAGUCCUUAAGGAUCAAAAAGUCGAUGCCAUCAUUUGUGUGGCAGGCGGUUGGGCUGGAGGAAAUGCUCAGAAAGACCUAGCAAAGAAUGCUGAUUUGAUGUGGAAACAGAGCGUUUGGACUUCAUCGAUUUCUGCAACAAUUGCGGCAAAUUAUCUCAAGGACGGAGGUGUCUUGACGUUAACUGGCGCCAAACCAGCUUUAGGGGGAACCCCAGGAAUGAUCGGUUAUGGAAUGGCCAAAGCUGCAGUGCAUCAACUAACAAAAUCACUUGCCGGCAAGGACUCCGGCCUCCCAAAAGACUCUCUGGUCGUAGCAAUCCUCCCGGUCACGCUUGAUACUCCAAUGAAUCGCAAAUGGAUGCCUAAUGCGGACUUUUCUACGUGGACACCCCUCUCAUUCGUAGCAGAAACAUUCACCAACUGGAUUAAGGGACAAGAUCGACCGAAGAGUGGAUCUCUGUUGCAACUCGUUACAAAAGACUCGACCACAAGUUUAACGCCGGCCGAAUAAAGAAGUAAACAAGUUGACGGCGUCGAUACAAUGCUCGAACGGGUAUCAACGAUCGAAAGUAGAUUUAAAGCAUUCCAACUCUCAUGUCGCAUUCGAGAUCUGACCAUACGAGGUUACUGUUGCUACAUAAGUAAGUUUAUUUGAUGGUGCUUCUUGCAGAAGAAAAAAACUCUUGACAAAUAAAAUGUAAUUUAUAUGUUGUACUGGCAA